CAUAGUAAUGUCAAUCUGUUGUUGUCACUCAAUUCAAUAGUCAUCAGAUUUCGCGGGUAAUUGUAAUUGAUUAUUGAUAAAACAUUUUAUUCUCGAAUCAGUAAACUAUAUAAUGUAUAGUGUAAUAACACGGAUGAAUUGGAGACAACUUUUGUUGUUUUGAAAAUUUUGUUAUGUUUUAUUUUAUUAUGAUUAUGUAUAGUAAUUAGUAACAUUUUUACAACAGUCUUACCAUUAACACUGCCGAUUUUUAAAGAAAAAAACAGAGAUUUAAGAAGAUAUGUCUGAUUCGAAAGAAGUGCGUUUGGAAAUAAACAAUGCUUUUAAACUUAGUGGUUUUACUAUACGAAGAGAGGCAAGUAGUUUUCUAGCUGAGCAAUUGUCCGGUUUAUCCAACAAGGAUCGAAUAAAAGUCAUUGAUAAAAUUACCGCUCACAUAUUGCACCAGUGUCUAUCACAACCUGUAUUGGAAAAGGAACAUUUAGAAGUAGCAUACAGGGAAUGCAGUUCGGCAGGUCUUGAAGAAGCUGAGACAGUUCUUAAUGUAAUUGAUGCAUUUAAUGUGCCGAAAAUAUCAUAUGAUAAUGAAAAAAAAAAAUUCUCUAUAGAUAUUUCAAAAAAUAACAUAUAUGCAGCUCCCAAAUGUAAAGCUCAAUUUUUAAUAGACAGGUACACCAUGAUUUGGCAAAGGACUAAUAGAAAUAAAUUAUUUGCUAAAGAAAUGUUACCUUCUAUGAAAAAUGAAAAUCGUUUUCAGCUAAGAAAAAUUGAAGUCUUACUAAGUACAUCUCGUAAAGUGGAUGAUGUUGUAGUGCUCGGGCUUUUGACACAGCUGACAGAGGGGAAAUAUUAUCUAGAAGAUCCUACAGGUAGUGUCCUUCUUAACAUGUCUCAAACUCGGUAUCAUUCUGGCUUGUUUACUGAAAACAGUUAUGUACUUGUUGAAGGAUACUUUGAAGACAAAACACUUCAUGUAAUGGGACUUGUUUUACCACCAUCAGAAACUAGAGCUAUAACCUUACCAUACUUUGGCAACUUAAAUACAUUUGGAGGUAAAUCUAAAACAUUAUUGAAAAACUCACAGAAUUUAUUAAAAAUUGAACAGGAAAAUGAAGAUGGGAUGAUAAUUUUCUUAUCUGAUGUAUGGUUUGACAACUUAAAGGUAAUGUCUAAACUGAAAACUUUGUUUGCUGGUUAUGAUGACUUUCCACCAAUAGCAAUAGUUUUUAUGGGUGAAUUUCUAUCGUGUCCAUAUGGAUAUGAGCAUAGCACCCAGUUAAAUGCUGCUUUAAUAAAUUUGGCAGACAUAAUUAUGCCAUUUGCAAAGUUGAGAGAUUCAUGCAAGUUUAUAUUUGUUCCUGGAAGGGGAGACCCAGCUGCUGCAAAUAUUUUACCAAGGCCUCCCAUACCCAACACAAUAACAAAACAAAUUUGUGAAAAAUUAGGAGAUUCUGUCAUAUUUACCACUAAUCCAUGUAGAUUGCAGUAUUGUACCCAAGAAAUUGUAGUUUUAAGACAAGACUUGGUAACAAAAAUGUGUCGGAAUGCAAUACAUUUUCCAGACGCAGGAGACAUACCAGAUCAUUUAACCAAAACCUUACUUAGUCAGUGUACAUUAUCCCCACUAUCCCUAGGUGUUCAACCAGUAUUUUGGAAACAUGCUGAUGCAUUAAGCUUAUAUCCAAUGCCAGAUUUGGUGGUUGUGGGUGAUAACUUUCCUCCCUAUUCAAGAUCAUAUCAAAAUUGCCUAGUGGUUAAUCCUGGUUCAUUUCCAAGAACUCAAUUUUCAUUUAAAGUGUAUGUUCCAGCUUCAAGAACCAUAGAAGAUUCACAAAUACCUAAUGAGGAUGCCUAAUAUGAUUUGGUGCUAUACAGGAUUAAAUAAAUAAUGUAAAAAAUUGUUUGUUUUAAAUCUCAUAUUAAAUAAAAUUAAGGAAAAUGCACUGUAAGUUUAAAGAUAUAAUGCAUAUCUAAAGUAAUAAAACAAUAAUGAACCAUA